UAUAAUACUGCUUCAAUAAAAAAAAAGAGAUUAUAAGAUAAAAUAGAAGAAACAAGAAGAAAAGAACUUUAUAAGAAACAAGAUGCAUUGCACCCAAGGUGUGGCAAUGGUAUUCGAAGACGCGUUCGUCGUCUUUUCACGUUUUUUGUCGCUCAAGUCGCGGGGUUGCGCACUUUUGGAAACACAUCGACAGCGUGAGACAACUGGCAUCAAGAAACUGUACAACAGCUUCUUCGUGAUGUUCUAAGGGAAAGCUACAAAGUUUUUCUAUGAAAAUAUAAUAAUACUCGCCCACACAUAUCACACCACAUUAAAAGUUUGAAGAGUUUGUCGGGUGAUGCGUUUCCGUUCGCUUCCAAAGGAGUGUCCUAAGACCCGGUGGAAGAAAAAAAUCAAAGAUACUCGAAGUAAUAAACGGAAGUAAAGUAGAAUAUUCGAUGUAAAAGAAAAAAAAUCAAAGUUGUAAGUAACUUUUGAUCGAACGUACAAAGAAAAAGAGAGAAAGGGAGAGAGAGAGAGAGAGAGAGAGAGAGAGAGAGAGAUGCUACUUGGAUUAAUCAGAGCAACUAUAUCAAAAUUCAUCUUUCUGGUCCCCAAUUUAUUUGCAAUAAAUAUCAUUUCGAUAAUAUAAUCGAUUAUGUUGAUUGAAGGAUUAACAACAAGACCAACGGAUUUCUGCAUUUUCUUCCGACUUAUUCUUCUUCUUCUUCUUUCAAUUAAGUUUAAUUAUAGAGGAUAAGCUAGAUAAAAUUUCAAAUCCCCAAUAUAUUAUCACGGUAGCAUUGAUUUAAUAAUCCCUGAGGCCACUUAAUGGAGCUCCAAAUAAUAAUGGAUGGCGGUACGGAAACCCUGAACGAAGCCAUGUGGUUUACCGGCACUCCAUCGCCGUCUUACGAACAAUUAUCAUCGCCUAAUCACAUGAACAGAUGCGAAGGAGGAAUCGUUGCUCAACAAACAUCAGUAGGAUAUAACGAUUCACGGGAUACCACAUUGUGGCAAGAUAAGCAAAACGCGAUCAAAAAUUGUUCAGAUGAGAGUGAUCAAAUAGACUCGAAUAACGUAACACCACGUCGUCACGUGUCAUCGUCUUCCGAGCAAACUAACAAUCGUCCAUCUCAGCAUAACAAUUUAAAACGUCGAGCUGCUGCUGCUGCUACCGAGGAGUCUGCUGCUGUACAGCACGUUACUGAACUCGAUAGGAAACACGCUAGAAGAGACGGAUCUAUUGGAAGCAAUGGUUCAGGUCAAGGUUGGUCCACACAGGUGGAAGAACUUGCAGAACAUCUGGCUGACUUUGAUGGAUCAUUGUCCGCACUUGCUGCCUCAGAUCUGGCUACAGCUGUUGCCUCUUACAACAUGAGCGAAGCUUUACUCGCCUUUCCAUCGGUCUUCAAACAGGAAGCACCGUCACCGGAAAAUCAACACAACAAUUCAAACUUAAAUCACGUGACUCAGAGAGCAAUAAACGGAGGAGGACCAGGUGCGAACAAUGCUGCGAACAACAACGUCAAUGCAAUUGAAACGGAUAACAACAGCAACAAUGGACAAACAACAUCAGCAGCAGCAGCAGCUAGUCUUCAUCAGCUGCUUUAUUCGAGUAACGAGGAAUAUCCGGCGACUUCGACCUCCGGAAAUCACGUUUCUUCAUCUUCCCAACAAGGAAAUGAAUUCAACGAGGAUUGUCGAUUCCAAUACGUUCUAGCAGCGGCCACUAGCAUUGCAACGAAGGUUAACGAGGAAACGCUUACUUAUUUAAACCAAGGUCAGUCGUAUGAAGUCAAAUUGAAGAAACUAGGGGAUCUAUCGGCCUAUCGUGGAAGGAUUUUGAAGGGACAUACGAACUUUCUGUUUCAGUCGACAAUUCGUAUUUGUUUUCACGAGAGGCGUCUUCAAUACACCGAGCGUGAACAAAUGCUUGCUUGGCAACGUGCUAGACCAGGUGAAAGAUUACUCGAGGUAGACGUGCCACUUAGUUAUGGUAUGGUAGACGUUUGUCAACCAUCUCCGUCCAGUAAUAGCGUUGAAUUCAUGUGGGACCCUACUAAAGAGGUUGGCGUUUAUAUCAAGGUUAAUUGUAUUAGCACAGAAUUUACACCAAAGAAACACGGUGGCGAAAAAGGUGUACCAUUUCGAAUUCAAGUUGAAACACGAUUACCAGGUGGACCCAGAUUGCAUGCCGCCUCUUGCCAAGUCAAAGUUUUUAAAUUAAAAGGAGCCGAUCGUAAACAUAAACAAGAUCGCGAUAAAAUUCUACGACGACCACCCCACGAACAGGACAAAUAUCAACCUGGUUACGAUUGUACUAUUUUAUCCGACAUUCCAUUAGAAGCCCUAACGUCAUCGUCAUCGUCGUCAAAUUUGAUAACGCAAAAUGGUACAAGUCCCUAUUCGUCGACCGAGGCAAUAUCACCACAAACUCGAGCAAGCGUAGGUGGAAAUGCAUCACCCAUUAGAGCACCCUCGGCCCUAUCAGUUUCCGCAUUCGAUGGUGUUGUCCCUUUGGUAGCAGCAACGGAUGCUGCUAAAGAAAAUGUUGGGACAACUGCACCGGCUCUUCCAUCACCAGCCAUCUUACCGGAUCAAUCUUGCAUCGUUGAAAAUGACAAUGUUGUUGGUUUUUCUAGAAAAAUUACUACCAAUUCUCCGAAACAACAACUAGAAUCUAUGAAAAUUGGAACAUCUUAUUUCACCGAAUUGGCACCUGACGCUAACACUGCUCAAACCAGUGCGUGGCUUAGGGCAAGCAGAUUCAACGCAUUCGAAUCAACCUUUGCUAAUUUCUCAGCUUCCGAUAUUCUACGACUUUCAAGAGACGAUUUAAUACAAAUUUGUGGUCUUGCCGAUGGAAUACGAUUGUUCAAUGCUUUACACUCGAAACCACCUACGCCAAAACUCACCCUUUAUUUUUCUGUGGAGGGUAAUGGUUUACUUUGGAGAGUCGCUUAUCUCGAUCAUUUAACCAGCAACGCUUUGACGAACAAAUUGAUGAAUACUUUGAGCCUACCUCAGGAUCGUUUGCAUUCCGUGCUUUUUCUCGGUCCUCAAGGAAUUCAUGUUUUGGUUACCGACGAAUUGGUUGCCAAUAUGAAGGACGAUAGCAUGUAUUUUGUGGAAACUAUCAAAGAUACAACCAGUGAUCGGUACAAAUUACUCUUGAAAUCAUCGUCACGUUGACCAUCACGUUGUUAGUAUACUUAUCGAUCUUUCAAAUUAUUAUAAGAAAGUGAUCAAAUGUGUGGGGACACAUUAUUUAAUGCUUCGAGAUUCCUCUUACUCUUCGUGCAAUAUAUAGUUUAUAUAUAUAUAUAUAUAUUUAGAUAUUUAUUGUUGUAGAAAAAAAAUGCGAAAAAGAGAAGAAUAAUUAGAGAACUUUAUAAUCGGCAAAUUUAGAUUCUACGGAAAAAAUACGGCACAAGAGGGAAUCGUCUAUCUUUCUUUCUUUAUUUUUUCUCUUAAUAAUCAUAUUAAAUGUUGCAAUUAAUAUUUCGGUGUCUUGAUAUGAAAUUCGUUCCAACAAAACCGUCAUUUUCUUUUUUUUCGUCAAAAAAUUCAGCAGUUAUC